UUCGUUUUAUCUCCCAGGCUGAGUGAUCUGCUUGGGAAAUCACUUUCCUUUCACACCCUGCACUGGCUCAGCCAGUCUCUCGCAGACAUGCAGCUGGAGAGGAAGAUGCUGCUCUCCCUGCCCUGCUGCUGAAGAGAGGGGAGAGCUCUUAACCCUACAGGGGGACUCUUUGGGAAGGGAGGGGGGGUUGCCCUUUUGCGGACAAUCCCACGAUCUCCCCCCUCCCGGUCCUGCCAGCGUCCAUCUGCCCCUCCCUACCACUAACACCCUCCCCCCCAGCGGGCUGGAGGGGCUCAUGCAGCCGAUAAGGGAGAGGAUAGUGGUUAAAGCUCGAGCUGGAUGGAUGGGUAUGGGGAGAGGGGCAGGAUCCACAGCCCUGGGAUUCUUCCAAAUCCUCCCUGUCUUUCUCUGCAUCUUCCCUGCAGCGACCUCUCAGUGCAAAAUCCUGAAGUGUAACUCUGAGUUCUGGGCGGCCACAUCUGGAUCUCACCACCUGGGCACGGAGGAGGCACCGGAGUUCUGCACGGCGCUCCGCACCUACGCCCACUGCACCCGCCGCACAGCUCGCACCUGCAGGGGGGACCUGGCCUACCACUCUGCCGUUCAUGGCAUAGAUGACCUCAUGGUCCAACACAACUGCUCCAAAGAUGGCCCCACCUCGCAGCCCCGCCUCCGAACACUACCCCCCGGGGACAGCCAGGAGCGCUCCGACAGCCCAGAGAUCUGCCACUAUGAGAAGAGCUUUCACAAGCACUCAGCCCCCCCAAACUACACCCACUGUGGGCUCUUUGGGGACCCCCACCUCAGGACUUUCACAGACAGCUUCCAGACCUGCAAAGUGCAGGGGGCUUGGCCACUCAUAGACAAUAACUACCUGAAUGUCCAGGUCACCAACACGCCGGUGCUACCCGGGUCCUCAGCGACUGCGACGACCAAGCUCACUAUCAUCUUCAAGAGCUUCCAAGAGUGCGUGGACCAGAAAGUGUACCAGGCGGAGAUGGACGAGCUCCCAGCCGCCUUCGCCGACGGCUCCAAGAACGGUGGCGACAAGCAUGGCGCCAGCAGCCUGAAGAUCACCGAGAAGGUGUCUGGCCAGCACAUUGAGAUCCAAGCCAAGUACAUCGGAACCACCAUUGUGGUGAGGCAGGUGGGCCGUUACCUCACCUUCGCUGUGCGCAUGCCCGAGGAGGUAGUGAAUGCCGUGGAGGACAGGGACAACCAGGGCCUUUACCUCUGCCUCCGGGGCUGCCCCCGUAACCAACAGAUUGACUUCCAGACCUUCCGCUCUGCUCAGGGCACAGAAGGCCAGGCUCGCAGGAAAGGGCUCAGCCUCCCCUCCUCCCCCGAGGUCUUCACCUACGAAACGGCCAUGGCCAAGUGCCGGGAGAAGCUCCCCGUGGAGGACCUGUACUUCCAGUCCUGCGUCUUCGACCUUCUGACCACGGGGGACGUCAACUUCACUCUGGCGGCUUAUUAUGCUUUUGAGGACGUGAAGAUGCUUCAUUCCAACAAGGACAAGCUGCACCUCUAUGAAAGGACACAGGAGCUGAGCCCAGGCAACACAGCCCCCUCGGGGCAUCCCCAGGCCCUCCCUGCCCUCUGGGUGGCGCUGGUGUGUCUGAGUCGGUGCUGGUCAGUGUUCCUAUAGAUGUGACCAGGGUGGGAAGUGGGGGAGAGCUCAGCAGGAGGGGACAAUGUGUGUGUGCAAACAGCUGGCCCCUCCUGGGGCUCAGCUGGCUGCCUGUACAAAUGCGGGUGCUAAACACCAGAGGAGCUACAGUGGUGCCCUCUGGGCGCCGGGCACACAUGGCGAGAGGGUGCAGGGGCAGGCAGUUGGCUGGAAUGGAUUCUGUCCCUCAUUAAAGACCCUGCUCUUCCCAGCACCCAGCUCCCUGCAGGUGUUCAAGGCGCACAGUUCAUCCUUCGCUGAACGGCACCAUUCCUGGGGGAUGGGGACAGUCAAUCACUGAUUGCUUUUGCUGUGCUACACAGGGCUUCUGGGAGCUAAUGGGAUCCGGGAAAUCCCAUCCUGGCACAUUAACGCUCUGAUUCACUUCAUAGCCACAAGGUUGAAUCCUUUGGGCCCUCCUCGCCUCCGAGAUGCAAAGGGAGGAACCUGGCCAGUAUUCAAGUGGUUUCUGACAUUUGCCUUUGGCCUCCCCCCAGCAUUUGAAGUGCUCCUUGUGCCUCGGAAGGCCUUUGAUUCCAUUAGCUCCCAGGGUGCUCAGGCAAAGCGAGUGGGGAGGUGCCAGUGAUCUCCCAGAUUCGUACUUCAGGAUGAUCAGUCAAAGCUCCUCAAACCCCUCGCUGACAGGCUGGAGUGUCGCCACCUCUAGCCCUGUCCUUCUUCAUCCCACCGGAGAGCAGCUGUGGGGCUGGGGCAGUGCCCAGGGAAUGGGGGAGAGUUUUGCUUGUUUGCUGCUAAGCUCCUGCUCCACUCCUAGUGAUGUCAUUUCAGACCGGUUACACCUUAGUUCUUCCUGGCUUGAUUCUGAGGAGGGCACUGUUUGAAAAUCUAGCCGGGGCAGACCCUGAGGAAUCCCAGCUGUCCAAAGGCUCUGUUCCCUGGCAGUAAGCAAUCAUUAAUCUCCCCUACCAGGGAUGCAGUGUCCCUUCCCCUCCUCCAUGUGCUUCUGGGAUUUGCCUUAUGGUUUGCUCAGCGAAUGACGAG